UUAUCUGCAUUUCUGUUUAAGCAGACCUUACACACAGUCCAUCCAGCCUGAACAAGGCCAGUUUUUAUUUCUUCGCAGGGCUGUUUUAAAUAUUUCUUCACCAUGAUUUUCCAAGCUCUUUUGGACUGCAUGGACUUUACUGGCUGGCUUCUGUUAGGGUUUGUUCUGCUGUUGAUAUUAGAUGUUGUGAAAAACGGAAGGCCUCCUAACUUUCCACCGGGACCCUGGGCUGCGCCUCUUGUAGGAAAUCUCCUCACUCCGCUGGACUUCAAAACAAUGGAGAAGGUUGCAAAGGAGUACGGUCCUGUGUUCAGUGUGAGGAAAGGCAGUGAGAGGCUGGUGUUUGUUUCAGGGCACAAGAUGGUUAAAGAAGCUCUUGUCAACCAGUUGGACAGCUUCGUUGAUCGCCCGAUUGUUCCUCUUUUUCACGUUGUCUUCAAAGGCCUAGGUAUAGCUCUCAGUAAUGGCUACUUGUGGAAGAAGCAGAGGAAGUUUGCCAACACUCACUUACGCUACUUUGGAGAGGGCCAAAAAUCUCUAGAAAGGUACAUUGAAGUCGAAGCUCUCUUUCUUUGUGAAGCCUUCAAAGAUGAGCAAGGAAGGCCUUUUAAUCCUCACUACACUUUAACAAAUGCAGUGAGUAACAUAAUCUCCUCCGUGGUCUUUGGACAUCGAUUUGAAUACUCAGAUCCAAGCUUUCGAGAAUUUCUGGAGCUGGACAAUGAAGCUGUUAUCCUGUCUGGUUCCCUUCGGGCUCAGCUGUUUGAUGCCUUCCCUGGCCUGAUGACGUACCUUCCCGGACCUCACCAGACUGUCCAUUCCAACUACAGGAGGAUUGUGAAGUUUUUGGAAAAUGAGAUUGAGAAACACAAAGAGGGCUGGAACCCGGAUGAUCCUCGAGAUUAUAUCGACGUAUACCUGUCAGAGAUAGAAAAGAAAAAAGACGAUCCCCUGGCCGGGUUCAACAUUGAAACACUGGUGGUGUCCACCCUUGACCUCAUCGAGGCUGGAACAGAAUCAGCUGCCACCACGUUACGCUGGGCCCUUCUCUACAUGUUGCAUUACCCAGAGAUACAGGAGAAGGUCCAAGCAGAGAUAGACAGAGUGAUUGGUCAGUCUCGUCAGCCCACUAUGGCUGACAGGCCAAACAUGCCCUAUACUGAUGCCGUCAUCCAUGAGGUGCAAAGGAUUGGAAAUAUCGUUCCCAUGGGAUUUCCUAAAAUGGCCAGUAAAGACACAACACUGGGAGGUUACUUCAUCCCUAAGGGAACCAGUACCACCACAAUCCUGUCUUCUGUGUUGUUUGAUAAGAAUGAGUGGGCGACUCCGGAUGUCUUUAAUCCUGAGCAUUUCUUGGAUUCAGAGGGAAAGUUUGUCAAAAGAGAUGCUUUCUUGCCAUUUUCAGCAGGUAAACGUAUGUGUUUGGGGGAACAUCUGGCCAAAAUGGAGCUCUUCCUGUUUUUUUCAACUAUGCUGCAGCGUUUCACCUUCGCUCCAGUUCCAGGAGAAAUGCCCAGCAUGGAGGGAGUGAUGGGUUUCACUCAUUCCCCUGAGGAGUACAGACUCCUGGCUGUGCCACGUUGAUGCCACGACCGAUUACACAUUUAAUACAUUCACUGAAUGUGUUUUUAAAUGCAUUUUGAAAAAAAAAUGAAUUUUGCAUACAUUUCUUUAUUACACAUACUUCUUUCCUGACUUGAAGUACUAUUUUAAUCUUAAAUAUCAUGUUUGUGUAAUCAGCGUGUUUGGGCUACUUAAUGAGGUCCAUUAGUGACAGCAUUAUUGAAAUAAAUAAUCAUUUCAAUAUUAUUCUAAUCUACUUUUCCAAAAGUUUGAUUCAAUUUGGUGAUGUAAAGACUUUGUAGAAAUAUUUAACCCUUGAUCUUCUAAUUGUUAUUUGAUAUAAUGACCUUUCUGAGCAGAACAAAUUCAAAACACAUUAUUCUGACAGAUCAUGGAUUUAUUCAUACAUGUAAACUUGUGAAAGAUUUAUUCUUCAUCUAGAUUAUAAGUGAACUUUCAUCCAUGUUACCCAAUCAGUUCUAUAGAUUAGGUUCUAUAUCUUUAAAUGACUCAGAUUAAGUAUUGCGUGACAAGACUGUUUAGCAGCCUGUAAAGUAAUUCAUCAUGAUUAGUAUUUUGUGCCGUUUGCAUUGUAAUGACUGUAUGUUUAUUCAUAACGCUUUAUAACCUAUUAUAGAGCAAACUCGCCAGGGCAGUUUUUUACAUUUUCACAUCCUGUAGAGACUUUUUUUUUUCAGCAUUUCAAUAUGUAAGAUAUAAUUACAACCCUUACAUUUAAUGUUAUAACA